AUGCUUCCCUCAGCAUAUCAAGGUGUUUAUCCUGCAGCACAUGAUUAUGGACUAGCCUGUGUCACUAUGCCAGAAGAUUCAGAACUUUUAGACGAGACACGAAAUGCUCUAUUUCAAGACACAGAUAACCGGGUCCUGUUGCUAAAUUCAGAAUACAGAGUUGGUGGUAUUGAGUAUGUAACACUGUACACAUCAGAGGAGAAACAAGACAUUCUGAAAAACCUCAUAUUUGAAGGGUUGUUGAUGGUUGAAAGCAGAAAGGAGAAGAGGUUACAGAAAGUUAUCACAGAGUACAAAAAUUCUGAAGAAACAGCACGGCGACAAAGAUUGAACUUGUGGUGCUACGGUGACUUCACAGAAGAUAAUGCCAAAGAAUUUGGUGUGUAA